AUGCCCGGCAUACCAGUCAAGAAGCUGCUGGGAAGUGGGGGUCUGGCGCUGACGCUGCUGCUGCUGCUGCUGCUGCUGCGGCUGCUGCUGGCCCUGACCUCCACUGCCACCACCGCUCCCUCCUCCCCCACCGCCGCUGCUGCCACCUCCACCGCUCCCAGUGCCUCCGCUGCCCCCACCACCACCUCCACCACCUCCACCCCCACGACCGCCUCCACCACCUCCACCUCUCCCGCCGCCACCUCCACCGCCACCUCCACCGCCACCCCCACCUCCCCUGCCACCCUUGCCGCCCCUGCCGCUGCGACGCUUCCCACUAGGAGCGGAAGCAGCCCCGACCUCCUCAGCACCAAGGUAGUCGUGAGCAGCAGCUGCGGACGCGUAGGAGGGGGUGAGAGGGGAGGGGGAGCACCCCUCAAAGAGGGGAGAGCGAGGAGUGCCACGAGCAGCACCUACAGCGAGGAUGUUCUUCUCUGCUGCAAGGAGGUGCUUCUCGAAGUCGUCGACAGAGCAUCGGCAGCAGGAGCAACGGCAGUGCCAGACACGUAA